AGUUGUAGCCGCGAGAAGAAAUACACUUUAGUUUCAUGAAUCAUUUAAAUCUCAAGACGAUCUCUGGAAUACAACUAUCCACGUUUCAAGCAAAAAGGCAAAGAUGAAGAUUAAAUCCAAGUCUUCGUAUCACAAAUCUGAGAAUACCUACAAGUUUCUCACUUUUGCUGAAAGACUUGCCAAUGUCAACAUUGACGUCAUCCAUCGUAUUGACAGGACUGGAUCGCAUGCAGAGGAAGUAGAAACAUAUUUCUCUGAAGGACUGACAAAAUGGAGAGACCUCAACUUGACAGAGCAUUUCAGUGCAUUUUUGAAAGAGGUUUCCAACCAGAGCCAGUCAUUCAACCUGUUGGUUUUCCAUCAGAAGACCAUAGUGGAGAGUCUGAAAACACACUUAGCUGUCAAGAACAGUCUGGCCUCAGAACCACUGCUGGACCUGGUGGUGCAGCUGGCCAGAGACUUGCAGACUGACUUCUACCCCCACUUCCCCGACUUUUUCGUUCUGAUCGCCUCCGUUCUGGAAACCAAGGACACAGAAGUCUUGGAGUGGGCUUUCAGCUGUCUCUCUUACCUCUACAAGUACCUAUGGAGGCUAAUGGUAAAGGACAUGACCAAAAUCUACAGUUUAUACAGCACACUGCUGGAGCACAAGAAAGAACACAUCCGCAAAUUUGCAGCCGAGAGCUUCUCUUUUUUGAUGAGAAAGGUUCCAGAUCUCGAUGGCCUGCUGAAUCAUGUUUUCUCAGACCUCCAGCAGCACCCGGACAAGGCGGAGGGAGCAGGGCAACUGCUGUUCGAAAUGUGCAAAAGCGUCAGAAAGCUGUUUCACUCCUGCUCUGAAAAGGCUUUCCCUGUAGCUUUGCGUAAGCUCGGACCCUCGACCUGCCCAGACGCCACUCUGCCGUGGGACACAGUCAGGGACGCUCUGGAUCACAUGGUCCAGGCUGCAGCAAAUCACGUUGAGAGAGAACACUUCCUGGUCUUGUGGGAGUCUUUACAGGCCAGUGUGGUGGAGGUCCUGGGUGUUAUGGAGGCGAAAGGAGAACAGGCGGAGCAGGCAACAGAGCAGCUGGAGAGGCUGCUGUUCAUUUUCCAAACCCUGGUGUCCCACAAGAACGGAGCCAAGGUUACCAAGCCGGAUUCCGUCUGCCAGACGGUGUUGCGGCUGGUGCAGAGCUCCUCUCUCUCGCCUUCUUGUUCCCGUCUGCUCCUCCAGAUCACCUCCUCUCUGCUCCUCGGGGAGAACAUCUCUCUGCCCAGAGCUCUCAUCCAGGAGACGGUCCAGAAGGUGUUUGGCAGCUCAAUUGAACAAGAUCUGAUCCUGGAGUUCACCAAGGAGAUGUUCACCAUGAAACAGUUUGAACAGCUUUUCCUUCCCAGCAUGCUGGGCUUCACUGCUGAGUUGUUGUGCUGUGAUGAUCCUCGCUCUCGCCACUGUGGCCUGGACGCGCUGGUCAGUCUGAUCCUGGCCAAAGCCCCUCCCCCCACCGACGGCUCCAUGGCCUUCGAAACAUACCCACUGCUCUUCAAUGGACAGACAGGAGUGUUGAGCGGUGAGGAGUCUGCGGUGCCGGAGCUGGUGCUGUCGCUGAUCCGAUUCCCCGAGGAGCAGAAGCAGCCAAUCACUGACCUGUCUCUGCCCUGGGCCGCCCUGAUGCUUCUGCCUCACCUCAGGCCCAUUGCUCCAGCUAGUGUGGUCCCAGCUGUGACUGCUUUCUUAAACCGCCUCCUGACUGAGAUUGAGACAGAGGCACUGGGGAAAGCUGGUCUGUUUGUAGCCAGUCAGGCGAUGAGCUGCCUCCUCACUCUGGACGGCUCUGCACAGCUUCUCUCCCUGGUCACUGUGGACAAGAUCAACUCAAUCCUACGGAAGUUUCCUAGUGACCUGUCCGCCCUGCUGCUAGGAGACCUGUACUACACCCGCCUGUCACUCAGCGGCGUUUCAGAGCACCUUUCCCACAGUGCACUGCAGGAGCUCCACCAGAUACUGUGCGCCAACCUCUCCUCCAACAUCUCCAAGAUCCGCCUGCUGACGCUGAGGAUUCUCUCUCAGUUUGAGGCAGAGCUCCCCCCACAGACCGAGGGUGAGGAGAGUGUGGAGGUGCAGCCGGUGUUCGCCGUGUGCCUGCAGGCGGAGCUGGUGCCGGCUUCAGUGCAGGACUACAGGGAGAAGCUGCUCCACCUCAGGAAGCUGAGACACGACCUGGUGCAGCGCAGCCUGCCUCAGGGCCCGCCCGGCAGCUUCCAGCAGGUGCCUCUGCGUUACCUCAUCGCAAUGCUGUUCGUCAACUUCAAGCCCCUGUGGGAGGCAGUCAUUGAACUUCUAGUGUGA